AUGGGAACCAAUAAAGAGAGAAUUGAACAUCUGGAGGCUGGACUCGGUGAAGUUCAAGAGGGGCUACACCGGAUGGAGCCGGGCAUGGCGGAUCGAUUGCGACACGUUGAAGAGACUCUUAACCGUCUCUCUGAUGUGCUCCUUGCCAACCAAGAACCUCCAAACCAUGGUAAUCCAAACCGUGAAGGUCACAAUGGGGGACGGUUUGUGGUAUCCUCCAAAACGGCAAAAUUAGAAUUUUCGCGAUUUUCAGGAGAUGAUCCGACGGAAUGGUUCAACCGUGUAAACCAGUUUUUCGAGUUCCAAAAUACUCCCGACAACCAAAAGGUUUCUUUAGCAUCUUACCAUUUGGAAGGAGAAGCCAAUCAGUGGUGGCAAUGGAUUCGUAGGACUUUUCAAGAUGAAGGUCGAGUUCUGUCAUGGAUUGAUUUUGAAGAGGAACUCUGGGAGCGUUUUGGGCCAUCAGACUGCGAAGCCUUUGACGAGGCUCUGUCCCGUAUCCGGCAGACGGGUUCCAUGCGUGAUUACCAACGGGAAUUCGAACAAUUAGGCAACCGGGUCAAAGGUUGGACACAAAAGGCUUUGGUGGGCACCUUCAUGGGUGGUUUGAAGACAGAAAUUUCGGAUGGAAUCCGUAUGUUUCAACCACAAACUUUGAAAGAUGCUAUACGUUUUGCAAGGAUGAGAGAUGAUCAACUAAUGAGACAAAGGAGGGUCUUACGACCUACCCCUCCAUUACGAGCUCCCCCAGCUCUUCCACCAGCAAAUCGGGCAGCAAAUGGCGCUCCAGUUCGACGAUUGAGUUGGGAGGAAAUGCAGCGACGACGUCUCCAAGGUCUAUGUUUCAAUUGUAAUGAACGUUUUACUGCAGGUCAUAGAUGUCAAGGGCCACGGAUACUAAUGUUGGAGGGCUACGAGGACGAUAACAACGUUCCCUAUGAUGAAGUCAAUGAAGAAAGAGAUACGGGAAGACACCAGGAGGAGAAUCUAGAACCAGAGAUUACGUUGCAUGCGUUAACGGGCUGGUCAGCGCCCAAGACCAUGCGAGUAACGGCUAGAAUCGGUGACCACGACAUCAUUAUAUUAAUCGACAGCGGAUCAACUCACAAUUUCCUGAGUGAGCGUUUAGCUAACUUGCUGCGAUUACCGGUUAUUCCAACAGAGACUUUUCCGGUUCGGGUUGCCAAUGAAGAAUCUCUUAGAUGUCAAGGAAGGUUCGAAGGGGUACAAAUCAAUUUGCAGGGCACUGUGUUUUCCUUAACUCUUUAUUCCUUACCUCUCACAGGCUUGGACGUAGUACUUGGGAUACAAUGGCUUGAAUUACUUGGUGCCGUGGUGUGCGACUGGAAACAAUUAACCAUGGAAUUUUUAUGGGAAAACCAACCCAGGAGAUUAAUCGGCGUCGACGGGCAAGACAUCCAAGCCGCGUCACUCAAAGAACUAACCAAGGAAUGUCGCCCCAGCCAAACGCUGUUUGCGUUAUGCUUCCAGAUCGCUCAAGCAGAACCACCGAUGAAGAUUCAUCCUAGCAUGCAAAAAUUACUGCAGGAAUUCUCUGAUCUAUUCGUAGAGCCCUCUUGCUUACCACCACCAAGGGAAGUCGACCACUGCAUUAAUCUGAAGGAAGGAACCGAACCAAUAAACGUUCGGCCUUAUCGGUGCGCACAUUAUCAGAAGAAUGAGAUUGAAAAGCAGGUUCAGGACAUGCUGCAAUCGGGGCUUGUUCAAACCAGCACUAGCCCAUUUUCAUCACCCGUAUUGCUAGUAAAAAAGAAAGACGGGAAUUGGUGCUUUUGCACAGAUUAUCGGGCACUCAACGCCGCGACGAUUAAAGAUUGA